UGUAAUGGCUGAAGGAAAUAAUGAUAUGUCUCGAGAACCGGCUUCACCUUCAAGAAUACAUAGGCUUCAAACGAAUGCUUCUCGCGGUGAAAACUCAGUUGACUUAGUUCGACUUUUUAAAGUAUUUAAAGCUCUCUUUGAGAUCAUCAAACCACCAAGCUCAAAAGCAGAUAUAAUGAAAAAUAGGGCGUAUUACUUGGCUACUCACUCUCAACGCUAUAAACUGGAAGAAGAAAAUCAAGCUGUACAAAAGUGGACAAAGGAUUCUAAUGAAUACGCUAUUGGACAUCCUUGCAGCCUCUUUGUUCCGGACACAGACAGCCCACCAAGGUUCUCCGAUCCCGAUGCUCCAAUACCAUUUGAGAUUAAAGAUAACUGGGACCGUGAUGAGGCCACCAAAAGGAUCAAAGAGCUGUACAAGGAGUUGGAUGAAAUAUUGGAAAACAAAAGCCCACCUAAUCACGCCAAUAAAGCUAAUUUGACAGCGAGAUUGAACUUGGCAAGGCAGCAAGAACUUCGUCAGCAAAUGCCUCCUCCACCGGCAAACGAUGAUCGCUACAAAAGCGAGGAAGAUUUGUCAGAGAUACUAGAAACUACGAGGAUACUUUAAACGUCUUCGUGCAAGCGAAAAAAACAAAAAAAAAAGAAAUUUUACUUCAGUAUUUGAUGUCAACGCACAGAUUUUCAGAGGCAUUAGAGAACAACAAAAUGAAAUAAUAUCACGCGUUAAUGAACUAAAUGUUAUCUUCAAUUAUGAACUUACUGAGUGUCGUACAAUAGUUAAUUAAACCUUCGCAUUGUUUUAAAAUUUUAUUCGACUAUUACUGUUUAAAAACAGUACUAAGCAUAAUUGUCUAGAAAUAUUCUCAGUGUUAGUUAUCAAUGUUCUUGAUUAUUAGCUAUUGCUUUCAACGAUUUAAUUUGGUAGGUUUGUGUAACUUGAUGUUAUAGUUACAGAUCUCAGUAGGUAAUUUAAUACUUCCCUAACUAUAGAACAUAGAGGUCAAAUUUAGAAAUUCUGAACAUCCAAUGGAAAAUGAGAUUCCUCAUGACUUUAUGACUGGACCACUAUUCCUGAGGUAUAUGAAUAUUAUUCGAGAAUAGUUUGUACGACCGGUUACGGUUAACGAUAGGCCAAAAUUUUAAGACGAACUGAAAAUAUACUAUUGAGUAUAAUCUUUUGGGGGACCGGGAAAUGUAUUCAACAUAUGUUGUAUAAUCUUUUAUGUAAUUUGAUGUUAUAAGUACUAGUAGUUUUAUGGAAUUGUAUCAAUGUUCGAUGUUAGUUCUAUUAGUACAAACAUCUCGAUCUUCUUCGUUGUUUCAAGUGUUACAUGUAUGUCUAUUAAAACAGUCGCUUAACCGUUA